GCGCGAUCUGGGCAAGUCGCUGUGGAAGCAAAGUUGGCGUUCCUUGGCGGGGUGACAAUUGCUGUGGUAUGGAGGUUGGUAUGUGGUAGUCAUGAUCGCCAGUACCUCGGUAAGGAAGGAACGUAAUCGGCUCGAACAAGAGGAGGAGGCCAAGCAACAGAAGGAGGAACAGGACCGACUUCGUCAAGAAGAGGCAGACCUGCAGGCGGCAGCCGAACACCGGUCACGCCAGCGGGAACGACUGUUCACGCGGGAGACCGUGAUCGGCGAUGAGGCCGCACAUUGGGUGGAAGUGACAUCUGCAGACGGGGCCCCGGAGACUGAGAAAGGGUUGUCAGCCCUUGCGCAGGUCUCCCACGACCUCGUGGCCACCUGCGCUCUGCAGCAGGAGGAAAUCCUUCACCUGCAGCAGACCGUGGACCAGAUGCUCGCACGGCUGCAGGCAUUGGAAAAACAGCCAGCUGCUGUAGCAGCCGCAGGGCCUUCCACCCUUACCACCCGUGUGCAAGUUUUGGAGGAUGACGUCAGCAACAUCAAACGUGUGCAUCAGGACUUCCGGACGUCGCAGCAAGCAACGAACUUGCAGUUGGAGACGCAGGCGGCCAUGACCACCGAGUUUCGCGCUAUGUUGGACCGCUUCGUUUUGGUCUACUUAGACGACAUCCUCGUCUAUAGACGAACUCUAGAGGAGCAUCUCGAGCACCUUCGCCGUGUUCUAGAAACUCUUCGGUCAGCCCGGUACAAAGCUAACCGCGACAAAUGCGAUUUUKUCCGGCAAGAGCUUGAAUACUUGGGUCAUUUUGUCUCUCCAGAAGGCAUUCGUCCAUUGGCGGACAAGAUUCAAGCCAUCCUGGAGUGGCCCGAGCCGAAGAAUGUGACGGACGUCCGAUCCUUCCUCGGCUUGGCCGGUUAUUAUCAGCGCUUCAUCAAGGGUUACUCGAAGAUCGCGGCCAACCUAWGCAAGUUAMAAAGYGAGGAGCGKCCUUUUGACUUCAACGACAACGCGCGCCAUUCUUUUGAGACACUCAAAGCGGCACUCUUGUCCGCCGAGGUGUUACAUAUUUACGACCCGCUUCUAGCUACGCGCGUCACUAACGAUGCGUCGGGCUAUGACAUUGGGGCUGUCCUUGAGCAGCACGAUGGCACGGACAGGCACCCGGUCGAGUACUUUAGCAAGAAAGUACCUCCCGUGCAUUCGAUCGACGACGCACGGAAGAAGGAGCUUCUUGCCUUCGUUCACGCCCUCAAGCGUUCGCGACAUUUCCUCCUUGGUCGGAAAGCAUUCCGAUGGGUAACGGAUAACAAUCCGUUGGUAUUCUACAAGUCGCAAGACACGAUUAACAGUACCAUUGCCCGAUGGAUGGCUUUCAUCGACCAGUUUGACUUUUUCCCCGAUCACAUUCCCGGGAAGUCAAACCGUUUUGCGGACGGCCUCUCACGGCGACCGGAUCUUUGCACCGCAGUCUACUCUACCUUCGAGAUCGACGACGACUUGCGGGAGAGCUUCAUCCGCGGCUAUCAAGCCGACCCCAACUUUCACGACAAUCCUGAAGAAGAAGAAGACAAUGACGAUGACGACGACGAGGACGACGACGACGACGAUGACGACGACGACGACGACGACGACGACGACGACGACGACGACGAAGAAGAAGAAGAAGAAGAAGAAGAAGCAGAAGAAGAAGAAGGAGAAGAAGAAGAAGAAGAAGAAGAAGAAGAAGAAGAAGGAGGAGGAGGAAGAAAAAGAAAGAAGAAGAAGAAGCGAAUGGUAAGGAAUUGAUUCCUGGGCACCAAUUGGCUCAUAGUCAGAUUGGAAAAAUGAUCAAAAGAGCCGACACAUAACAGAAAAAAAAGGCACAGAGCGCCAUCAACGUU